AUGUAUGCACGGAGAGUCACCGAGCCACCGGAGUCCGAAGAACUCGCCUCCAGCUCCGUCGAGUCACUCAAAACUGUCUGCGCCGUGACUCGCUACCCCAACUCUUGCUUCUCCUCCAUUUCUUCCUUAAACAAGCCACUCACUGCGAAUCCUUUGAACUUCUUCAACCUGUCUCUUCAAGCCACGGUGCGAGAACUCUCGAACCUAACUUCUCUUCCUAAAGAAUUGAUCUCGAAGUCAAACGACAAGCCGACUGAGUCGGCGUUGAAGGAUUGCAUCAGUUUGUUCGACGAGGCGCUGAGUCGACUUAAUAGAUCUUUCGAGUUGAUGAAGGUGGGCCCAGGGGAGAAGGUGUUGACCGAGAUGAAUAUCAGUGACAUUCAGACGUGGAUUAGUGCCGCCAUGACUGAUCAGGAUACUUGCCUGGAAGGGAUCAGUGAGAUGGGAUCAACUGUUCCGUAUGAAUUUAAGGUGAAGGUGCAAAAAUCCCAGGAGUGCAUGAGCAACAGCUUAGCAAUUCUCAAUAAUAUCCAAAGCCUAUUCGAUAAGUUUGGCCUCACGAUGCCUUGA